GCCUGUAAAAGUCUGGAAAACGUCUGGGGAAACAGCGACAAAGAAAGAAAGACAGGGGAAAGAAAGAGAGAGAUGUUCUGGGACACUGUCAUCAAACCUGGAGACAGAGAAACAGACAGCAAAGACUCGAAAAUUAAGAUGGAGAUUUGCCAGACUGGAUAUUACACAGAAGACUUCAGGACACAGGAAGUGCCAGCUGGCUUCGACUUUGCAUCUUAUGACUACCCUGGUGAAGACCUGUCUUUUCUGUUAGACAGUAAAGCGCCCGUGCAGCAGCAGUAUUCAGCAGAGAACAGCUACCCAGAGCCACCAAAAGCUUCUCAUCUAUAUGACACCAAAGUGAACACCAGUGAAACUGCCCUCUUCAACCUAGACUCAUACCAGGAGUUCAACUGGUGGGCCUCAUAUCCACAUGACGGGGUGACGCUGGAUCAGUCACAAACCGGAUACCAGGAGUCUCCACAGACAUACCAGAGCCUGGUUCCCCAGAAUGGACAGUUCAGUCCAGCCAUGGACGGCAGCCACAGUCCCUUUCUAACUGGAAAAGGAUCAAACACAUUACAAAGUGAGACAGAUCAGAGGUACUAUGACUCUGACGGACAGAGGCAGUCGUCGUCCUUUUGGCCUGAAUACCCAUCUCCCAGUUUUACUGCCCCUCUGCCGCACCCACCUCCAGCCUCCUGUCCCUCAAACUCCAGCCCUCAGUCCUCAGAGCACUACUGCCCUCGUGUGGCCAAGCGUAAAAACUCACACCCCCAGAGGCCAGAUAGGGAGGGCCAGAUGAUGGGAAUGUCAGCUUAUCCAGGUUCUGGUCCAAUCCAGUUAUGGCAAUUUUUACUGGAGCUUCUUCUUGACUCUGCAUGUCGUACCUUCAUCUCGUGGACGGGAGAUGGCUGGGAGUUUAAGAUGUCCGACCCUACAGAAGUGGCCAAACGCUGGGGCCAGUGCAAGAACAAACCCAAGAUGAACUACGAAAAGUUGAGCCGUGGGCUGCGUUACUACUACCACAAGAACAUCAUCCACAAGACGGCAGGCAAACGCUAUGUCUACCGCUUUGUCUGCGACAUGCAGGGCAUGUUGGGAAAGACAGCGCAGGAGGUCCUGACCAGUCUGAACGUUUUGCCCACAAACACAGAUACGUGGCAGUGCCCUGGGGUUCCGGCGGCAGUGACGUCAGAGCUCAGCAGUGAAACAUGGGCAUCGCAGUAGGAAACAGGUGCCUGGACUGGACUGAUGCUGCUGGCUGAGAGUGACCAGCAUAUUUUAACAGAGUACUACAGCCUACAAAGUGAACACUGCCUCUUCAGUGUCCCGGCUGAACUACAGUGUCCUCGCGGGGUGAUGUUGUCACAGUCAGGAGCCAGUUUGUAGAUGCUGCAUUUCAGGGAACCCCCCCCACCCCCUCCAAACUCAAAAAUUCAUCAUGCAAUCAGUCUUUAAAGGCAAUAUAUUACCUUUUUCUUUGAUAAUAAAUCAUGCUAAAUAUAAGUCUCUCAACAUCUGAUCCAUAAACACAGAUCUCCUUAACCUCAGGGCUACAUGACUGCAGCCAGGGGGCGUUUUAGCACUAGAAAUAAAUACGUUUUGCAACAUUUGAGGCAUUGAUUUGUAAAUAGUGUUUAUAUGAACCCAUAUAUAGAGUUUUGUGCAUUUAUGCCAUUUUUUAAAAUACAAAACUUGUGUCUACCUCUGUUCCUAAUCAGAAUAACAUAAACUGAGAUCAUUUUCAGGCACUCACUGUGAAAGUUUUUAGCCUGUGUGUCAAUUUUUUUGUGUAAAUAAACUGUGUAUAAAGUUUCACAAGUUCCUACAUUCUAUGAAUUCUGCAAUUAAUUAUGACAGUAUUAAAAAUGUGUGUUUCUGGUA